AUGGAUUAUCGUCCUUGGGAUGAAGGAGCUCAUAUCCGACCAGCGUGUCGAUCAAAAUCUGACCAACAACCCAGUCGUGGCCCUCCAAAGCAAGGGAAGGGGAAACAAAAGUCAAAACCUAUGAAGUCAGUGGAAAUGACAGAAAAUUAUGAGGAUGCUUCGUCAAUGUUUGUCGGGCGACUGGCCAUUAACAAGUUGGACCAGAACAAAGAUACUAAGCUGACAGCUUUACUUGAGGAGUAUGAUGAGCUCUUUAAAGAAGAAAUAGGAGAACUUAAAGGUAUCAAAGGUAACCUCAUACUUAAAGAGAAUGCUCAACCAGUUUUCCUGAAGGCUAGACAAGUGCCGUAUGCACUUAGGCCUAAAAUUGAAGCAGAACUUGUUAAGCUUCAACGUGAGAACAUAAUUACACCAGUGGAGACUAGUGAAUGGGCAACACCCAUUGUGCCCGUCGCAAAGAAAAGUGGCGGAGUACGCAUCUGUGGAGACUUUAAAGUGACUCUAAACGCUAAUCUACGGACUAAACAAUAUCCCUUGCCAAAGAUUGAGGAUAUUUUCGCGACACUUGCUGGAGGUCAGCGAUUCAGUAAGCUUGAUUUGAGACAGGCUUAA